CUAUUUUAGCACAUGCCAAACAACUACUAAAUCAGACAAAAUUUUGACAGAUCUAACCCGAAGCACAUUACUGGAUUGGCCAAAGCGCUUCCACAUUAUUAAUGGGAUUUCUCGGGGUCUUCUUUAUCUUCAUCAAGAUUCCAGGCAGAGAAUUAUUCACAGAGAUCUUAAAGCAAGCAAUAUUUUGCUGGAUAUUGACAUGAACCCAAAGAUAUCAGAGUUUGGAAUGGCUCGAAGUUUUCGGGGAAAUGAGACUGAAGCAAAUACAAACAAAGUGGUUAGAACAUAUGGCUACAUGUCUCCAGAGUAUGCAGUGGAUGGAUUGUUUUCAGUAAAAUUAGAUGUAUUCAGCUUUGGCGUUUUGGUGUUAGAGAUCAUGAGUAGGAAGAAAAAUAGAGGUUUCUAUCAUCCAGAUCACCACCUCAACCUCCUUGGCCAUGUAAGCAUACUUAGUUUAGAAGUAUUCUUAUAUUCUGUCUUAAAUCUCGCUUUCUUCCCUGUUCCAAAACAUUCACAACUGUGCAAUUGUGUGAGCAUCUGUUCACGCAUGUGUUAG